ACGCAUAACCAGUCAUCAAAACAUUGUUUUAGUGUUAAAUUGACGUUACAAGGCGGUGUUUUAUACGUAAAUUACGCUGUUUACCAAGCAACACCCGUUUCGGUACGGUGGCAAAUAGUUUGUAUACAAAAUAAUUAAUGAAAAAUUAGUGCAAAUAAAUAAAUAGAAAUCUUGCGCAUCAAGUUGUUAUUGUCGGUCGAUUUUUUUCGAAAUCGUAGUUCCCGUAAACUGAGCAAAACAAGUAUUUAAUCGUUUCGUGUUUUUUUGUGCUUUCCUCACUUCCGUUGGUGACAUUUGCUGAGAAUAUACGAUACAAAUUGUUGUUAUAAGUUUUUUCAUCCUCGUGCUGAGAGCGAGAGUACCAAAUUUCCGUUACUGAAUUACAUUUCAAACAACAGCUUCAAAAUAACUGCCACAACUAAUCAAAAUGAGCCCAGUUCUGUGGGGCUGGGAUAUUUGGGUCUAUUACCAUGUUCUUGUCAAUGCUGGAAUGGACCCAAGGCACCAAAGAUACCCAACCUAUCCAGUCAAGUUCGUAACAAUGCCGCACCUUACCUAUUAAAUACUUCAAGUGCUACAUCUGGUGUGUCAAGAUCGUGUGUACAGUGUAAAAUAAAAAUGGACCAAGAAAAGCAAAAGAUGCAUUUACGCCAACAACAAUUAACCACUCAACUGAACUGUUCCCAUCAACAGCAACAACAUCAUCAUUGUCAUUGUCCAGGGAAUCAUGUAAAUCAAAAUGUAAACGUACCGCCUUUAAUGACAUUUCCUGUACCACCACCUCCUUUACCGUCGGCAGUACCAACAUUUUUACCCACCACACCACAGAUCACUACAUCUGCACCUACAAUGUCAACCAAUAAUCAAAUGUAUUUUGUUCCUUUUAAUAUGCCCAGUAUAAUGACUGGUACCGCUGCUCCAAUUACUACUAAUCAAAUGCCUUUAGCUAAUAACACAUGUCCUCAUCAUCCUCCAAUCCAUCCUCCAUUGGCUAAUAAAACAACAUCUACAAAACCAUUUAAUAAUGGACCAACAAGGAAUGUUCCAUCACUAAGUUCAACUGCUGCAGCUGUAGUUUCAUCCGGAAGAGAAAGCGAAAACGACAACAAUGAUGAUUCUAAUACUGAAAAUAAUGAACAAGAAAACUCUAUGAACUUCGAUAAUGAUGACGAUGAUGAAGAGCACAACUCAAAUGAUAAUGUUAAAAGUAAGUAG